GCAGCAGCCGAUUUAAGCCUCAUGUUCUCUGAGUAUUUUCCAUGUUAGGGUUGUUUUUGUUUUAGCGCGGGAAGAUACAUUCUAAUUUAUGUAAUUUAGUUAUUUUACCCCUGGAUCUUGUUUUUAUUAACGACAAAAAAAGCCGAAGUUGUUGCCUGGUUUCUGAGAUAAUAAAAUUAUUAUUUACCAUCGAUGUACAUCUUUCUGGAGUUAAAGGUAUGGACACACAUGCAGUCCAGCAGAGAGGGAUCUUGUCUGCAGUGGGUAGCUAGCAAUGCCUAGCUAGGUGUCUUAUCCUGGUGGGCUCUUCUCUUCUACCUAAACCUUGGUCAUAACUUCCAGGAAUUUCCAGGACUUUUAAGUCCCCCUUGGCCCUCUCUGGACAGGGCCAUCCUGUGGGGCAACAUGGGGGAAAGACGUGCACACUCCUUUCACAUGACGUGCCACGUGCAGCGCGACCAUGGCAGCAGGAUGGGGAGCUCCUUCAUACGUUACAGCCCCAAUGGAUAUGCCAGCACAAGCCUCAGCCUGGACAAGGAGAUGGAUGCAGACCCUGUGGCCUCCACCGGCACUACAAGUGCUGGUUCUGCCCUAUGGGCUCCUGCAUCUGACAUAAGCCACUACUCUCCUGUUUCAAUGGAACUGGACCCCACAUCGGUGAAUAAUGGAUCAGACACAAAGGACCCCGUGCUGCAGACCCUACAAAGGCAGCCCUCUAUUAUCUCUGUCCCUCCACCUCUCCCUCGUUCGAGCUGGCUACAUCAUCAUCAAAAGGAUUUCCAAAGCCCUUACAUCAAGACUAGCAUGCAGGGGGAUGUUUACAACUUCCUAGAGAGACCUGCAGGACUGAAAUGCUUCCUCUACCACUUCCUUGUCUUCCUCAUGGUCCUGGUGUGCCUAAUCUUCAGUGUCCUGUCCACUAUAGAGCAAUAUGCAGACUUCGCCACCGGAACCCUCUUCUGGAUGGAGAUUGUGCUGGUGCUGUUCUUUGGCACAGAGUAUGUGGUCCGCCUGUGGUCGGCAGGCUGUCGCAGCAAAUAUGCAGGCAUCAAAGGACGCCUCCGCUUUAUCAGGAAGCCCAUAUCAAUUAUAGAUUUGAUAGUGGUCAUUGCCUCAAUCAUUGUGCUUGGAGUAGGGUCCAAUGGCCAAGUGUUUGCCACAUCUGCUAUCAGGGGCAUCCGUUUCCUUCAGAUCCUGCGCAUGCUCCAUGUGGAUCGACAGGGAGGAACAUGGAGGCUCCUGGGAUCUGUAGUUUUUAUACAUCGACAGGAGCUGAUCACCACCCUGUACAUCGGCUUCCUGGGCCUGAUCUUUUCCUCCUACUUUGUCUACUUGGCAGAGAAGGAUGCUGUGGAUGAGGAGGGCAAGACAGGCUUCUCCAGCUAUGCCGAUGCCCUAUGGUGGGGGGUGGUGACCGUCACCACAAUCGGCUAUGGAGACAAAAUUCCUCAAACGUGGAUAGGCAAGGCCAUCGCCUCCUGCUUCAGUGUCUUCGCCAUCUCAUUCUUUGCUCUGCCUGCUGGUAUCCUGGGGUCAGGGUUUGCCCUGAAGGUCCAGCAGAAGCAGAGACAGAAGCACUUCAACAGACAGAUCCCCGCUGCAGCCUGCCUCAUCCAGACACUUUGGAGGUGCUAUGCAGCAGAGAAACCAUGCGGCUGUGCUGCUACAUGGAAAAUGUAUGUUCUCACUCCAGAGGCUGUAACUACAGUGGAAUCGGACAACUCCGGCCCUUACGCCAGGAAACUGAACAUAUCGAAAAAGGCGACCAAGAGACGUUUGAAGUCCAGAGGUAAUGGCUCUAUGGUUGUGGCCUCAGAGAGGGCUGUGUCGAUCCCGCAGAUCAUCAUUGAUGACUCAGUGGAGAAGAAAGAUGUCUCAUUUUUCCUGGAAGAGCCAAGGGAGGCUGUUGAAGGAAUCAACAGAAUGUUCAGACAAAAAGUAAAGAGGAAUCAUGAUAACAACAGCUCUAUCGACAUCUCCCGUGCCAACAGCUUAACCGAUGAACUUGACUACAUGAGUGAGGACAUUCCCCUGCCUGUGGUGACUAACAAAGCUCAGUUGUCCCAUGCCCAGAGGUCAGCUGUAAAAGUCCUCCGCAGAAUGCAGUACUUUGUUGCCAGGAAGAAAUUUCAGCAAGCUCGGAAGCCCUAUGAUGUGCGAGACGUGAUCGAGCAGUAUUCCCAGGGUCACCUCAACAUGAUGGUCCGCAUCAAGGAGCUGCAGAGAAGGCUGGAUGGCACACUGGGGAAGCCAGGAAUGUUCCUUCCAGGAAAAGGGGAAGAUAAAGAAUACCCAACUAUUGGAGCACGACUGAUCAGGCUAGAAGAUAAGGUCCAUCAGAUGGAUCAGAAAAUGGACUCAGUCCUGCGGAUACUGAUGGAGCAGUUUACACCUAAGCCGGAGCUGACGUCCAAGCCCUCCAUUCGCAGGGUGACCAUCCAGAAGCGCAUGGGUGUCAGCAUUGACGAGGGGCCCUGAUGUUGUAGCAAUGGUUGGGCUGAUGUUAUGACCAAAGGAGGAUUAAAGGACCAGGACUUCACAUAAACUGUUUAAUAUAAGAGGACUCAGUCUUCCAAAACCCCCUCCUCUCUGUCAUUUGCAAUCCCAAUUUUUCUCAUUGACUUAUGACCACUGAGAAGAGAACAAUUUUUAAUUGUUCACAUAGCACAUACUCUGGGACAUGAGGGCCACUGAGAGCCACCGCUUCCUCCUAAUGACUGUAGGCCCUGUUGGGGUCUUCUUAUGUUGUCUAAAUGUAGCUUGCUCUUCUGCACUACCAUUGUGGGACCUCAGUCUUCCCCUGCAGCACACAUUCAAAUGAUUCUUAUUAAUUUAUGUGUGGCCUGUCACUGAGGUGCAUUCCUCUACUCCAAAUAUUAUUCCAAGGCUAACUAACCCAGUAAUGAAGUCGUAAUGCAAUCAAAGCACUCAAGUUCCCCAAAGACACAGAGAAAAACUGAGAGUACAGCCAUGGCAGAGGCAUUCCUCAAAUCCUUCUGAUUAUCUUGGCACCAUCCAGACCUAGUACACAACAGGGUUAUUUCCAUAGCCACAUAUCCAUCUUGCCUAACUGUACUUAGGCUGCUGCGGGUGUUUGUUAGUAGUGAUCGAAUAACACGAGAAGGGAAGGGUAGAUUAUCUGUUGAGUUUGCCCUGCUUUAGGGACCGGAAGGCUGGAGUAAAAGAAAUGGAACUGAAGAAAUAUAUCUGGGUUGGGUGGCUAACAUGAUACUGAUUUACUGCUAUGUUGAAGCUAAUAAAAAUAGCCAAACUGCCAUGACAGAGCUGAGUGCUGUGUAACAGGAAUACAGUCCAACCUCAGGCAUAGUCUUUCAGUUUGCUCCAAGUUUUUAUAUGUAUAUCAAUCUAAAACACUUAUUGCAGCACCACUACUCACACCACCAUCAGGACUCUGCUUAAUAUCCCCUAUUACCCUCUUCAGGGGGCUCACACUGCUGUGUGCAAUUUGAAAUAAAUUUGCCCCAUUAAAGCUCUGAUUAUUAUUUCUCUCCCGAGCUAAUUAAGUGCUGAAUUCCUGGUAAGGGGAGAUUACUCACUGUGAGUGACUAAUGAAAAGAAACACUGGAAAUGUGCAGAAUUUAAACAGUAAGCUUUGAGGAGCAGGCACACUAAUUCUGUGUGAAAGGUUUGGAAAUAUCAGGCUGCCACUGUGAGCACACGUUUAACAUAAAAAGACAAUGCUCUCACUUUGUUCCCAUACUCAUAGUAUUUACCUGACAGGACGCUGAGGCAUGUAGGAAGUAGAAAAUAGAAAACUCAGCUAUGUAGGUACUUUCUGAAAUGCUUCAUUUAACUAUAACACAUACAUUCUUAAAAAGACAAAUGCACACACAAAAGAGGGUAAAAAGAAGGGAAGGGGAAAGAGGAGAGGCUUUCUCUUUCAUAUUUUUGUGGUGGUUAAAAAAUAGCUAUUAUUUAUCUUACAUUAAAUAAAGUGGUUUUAUUUUAUAGGUACUCUACUUUGGUGACAGACCUUGAUACAUAUCUGCCUGUCUGUUCUCCUGUACAGUUUUAUAAGAGUUGUAAAUAGAAUCAUUGCCUUAUUGUACUGUAUUUAUUAUCAUGUGGAAAGAUCAACCUGGAACAUGUCUGCUUGUUGAAGUGAUGAGAAACACAGAGGGUGAGGCUCCUGUUGUACAGAUGGAUGGAAAUGAUUGUAAAUGAUAUUCACACACACCCUCUGCACUGUAGCUCUGCUGUAAAUAAUAAAACUCCAUUUCAUUAUGCUCUGGCCUCUCUUGGCUUGGGAGGAAUUUGAUUACCA